CAACAAGAACUGGGCAGCAUCAUGAACACUGAAACACACGCUUUGGCUUCAUGACAUGCUGUGGAUGAUGAGAGGAACUCUACUGAAGCUUUCCUGCAUGCUUUUGACAAUAUUUUUGCUUUGGCUUUGACUGGAAGAUCUAACAUGUGCUCUUGUGGAUGUGGCACAAAGGCCAAACAACAGGAGUGAAAUGCAAUCAGUUUCAUUUGAGCGGCUCAUUCGGCCCCAGACAGACAGGAAUGAUACCAGGCCCCGAGCGCUUCAGGAGGAGACCGACACGGAUCUUUCGAAUCACUAUCUUUGGCCUCCCCCUGCAAUGAAUAUACAAAGAAAAGGCGAGAACCAGAUUUAAGUAAUCAUGGGAAAACAGAACAGCAAACUGACCCCUGAGGUGAUGGAGGACCUUGUGAAGAACACAGAGUUUAAUGAACAUGAGCUCAAGCAAUGGUACAAGGGCUUCCUGAAAGACUGUCCCAGCGGUCGACUAAACCUGGAUGAGUUCCAGCAGCUCUAUGUUAAGUUCUUCCCUUACGGUGAUGCGUCAAAGUUUGCGCAGCAUGCAUUCAGGACCUUUGAUAAGAAUAGUGACGGUACUAUCGACUUCAGAGAGUUCAUCUGCGCCCUGUCCAUCACGUCACGGGGAAGCUUUGAGCAGAAGCUCAACUGGGCCUUCAACAUGUAUGACCUGGAUGGAGACGGCAAGAUCACUCGAGUGGAGAUGCUGGAGAUUAUAGAGGCUAUAUAUAAAAUGGUGGGCACCGUGAUAAUGAUGAAGAUGAACGAGGACGGUCUGACACCAGAGCAGAGAGUGGAUCGGAUCUUCAGCAAGAUGGAUAAAAACAACGACGACCAGAUCACACUAGACGAGUUCAAAGAAGCGGCCAAGAGCGACCCGUCCAUCGUACUGCUCUUGCAGUGCGACAUGCAGAAGUGAGGCAUGCUCCGGACUGAACGAGUUAACCGUUUCCACUCUCAUUUCCACAAGAGUAACAUGUUUGGACUACUUUUAAACGAACUUUCUUUGUGUGAUCGAACAACUAGUAUGCAUGAGAACGUUAACUGCUAAAGAGUUUAGAGUAUAUCCGUUUAAUUUCCAACAUGCAACAAUGUGAGACGUAUAAAUCAAACAAGUCCAGUUGUUUUCACGCAUCCAUCGUCAGUGAAGUGCUCCGCCGUAUUUCAUUUCUAGCCGCAAUACUCGAUCACACACACACACACAUGCACUACGUUGACUGCCGUACUUCACGCGGUAAUUUGGGAAGCGUGUCACACUAAAUGUUACGAUGAAAUCAGUCUGUCAAAUUUCAAUACUCGAAAUUAAGAAGGGCGGCUUAUCAAAGGUCCAAACAUGCUUGUACUUGAGAAUAUAAAUGUAAGUUAUUUGCAUGCAUGUCCUAAGUGUAAAAACCUACUCUCUCUUCAUUUUGGCAACCUUGACGAAUAAUGCAAGGAGGCCUUAUAUAAAUGAUAGUAUCAAUAACAAUGCUAAUGUGUGAGAUUUACAUUCGUUCCUCAUCUGUCCAUUAGAUGUCCUCCCUCGAGUGCAUGUUUCCUCUUAAAGACGUACCAUGUGUGUGGUAAAAGCUUUCUGUAAGGCACACGUUCCAGCCCCGCCUCCGUCAUGAUUUGCAUCUGCCAUUGGCUUCUGCUGGUUUCACCCUAUUUUGCACGGACACGAGGACCUAAUAAACCAGUAUAACCAGUCUAAAACCGACCUUUAUUUUUCUUAACGUUAAAAGACCACUGCUGACAUCAUUCUUAUUGCAUUACGCUCUUUUUUUACUUUGCGCACAUGCAUGAAUGGUUGCCUGUGAAUUCGUUUUAAUAAUAAUACAGAAAGGGCAAUAUAGCAAAUUUUAGCAAAAAGGAUCCGCUUCCCCUGGUUUUACGACAAAACCUUAUCCUAAAUGGGUUUGGUACAUGUGCUGCAUUUAUAUUCAACCGUUUUUUGUAAAACAGUAUUUCUACUCCAGCACCCAUGGUUUUUAGCUGCAUCCUUCAGAAGCAACUUUUCAAUUAAUUCCAGUACCCUCGUUAUGUUAUUCUCUAAAUUUUGUAUCCUCUGUAUGUUAUGUUCUCCUAAAACUUAAAAAAUAUGGCAUUCCAGAUUUCCUACUUUCACAUCUUGUGACAUCUAGGAUGGUGUCAGUCCCUUUGGUGGAGAACAA